AUUCAGUGCAUCUUCCUGAGUCCUAGUCAGGCUGCAAAGGUACCACAGCUGCUCAGAAUUGGGGAUUGUGAAGAUGGAGAAAUAUUCCUUCUUUGGGAUCUUUUUUUGUACAGUAUUUGUGUCCCAGAUCUUUGGAUAUCCAUACAAUGAUAUUUCGAUAGCUUGUGACUCCAUGUUACCAGAUCAUGGAAGUUCCCCACAGACCUCAAGCCCACCUUAUGUCAUCUCCGUCUCUUUCGAUCGAUAUGACCCGGGAAAUGAAAUACAAGUGGUAUUAGAAGCAACAUCCCCAUCUGGAUUUAAAGCAUUUAUGAUACAGGCCCGAGAACUUGAUGGAAAUUUUCCUGUUGGCACAUUUUAUAUUGUAGAUCCAAACACCCGAGGUCAACCAUGUGCCAAUAUGACGAAUUCUGCAGUAAGUCACAUCAACCCCUUUGUAAAGCACAGAAUUACAACAAUUUGGGUUGCUCCUCAGGGCACUAGAAAAAUAAGGAUUAUGGGAACCUUUGUUCAGGAUUACAAUAACUACUGGGUUGGCGUUCAUAGCAAAACUCUUUCUCCCAGAGAGGUAGACACUAAUGUGUUUAUGGCAACCAAUCGCUCAAUGCUAUCCAAUGAGCCCAUAACAUCCGUGGUUUCUGAGAUCUCGGCUGAUUCUGACACCUUCAGUGACAGUGGUGAAGAUAUUGAUCUCAACGCCCUUAUUGCUGAUUCUGAAGAAGACUAUGUAUCCAAUACAACUGUUGGUUUCCAAGAUCUUGAAAAAAGAAAUAUGACAGGCAAAAAUAGGAGAAAGUCAUUUCUAACUCUGAAUAUAAACUGUGGUGAGGGGAAAGUAUUCCAAUCAAAUACUGGAACAUGUGUCAAAACUCCACAAGGGUCAUCUCAGAGCAGCGACAGCCAAUCAAAGGGGAAAGCAGAUGGAAGCAGAUCUUGUGGUCCGACUGGUUCACAAUUUCAGGACAAUAGGAAUGCUUGUAAUACGGCUAAAGAUGCUUCCUCUCACAACAACAGGUGUUGAGUGAUGAAAAUAUGAAACAUACCUGAAGCUGAAGAAAUUGUGCAAGUCAAGCAUAAGAACAAUUUCUGUGUAGAGGAAAGACUGAAAUAUCUUGCCGAACAACUACUUUGAAAAAGUUUCUAUCUUUUAUAUGGUUUUCCUGGUGUAUUGUGCUAUUGAAUAAAAAUGUUAAUGUUGCAAGCCAAAACACUGUUAAGGAAAACAAUCAAAAUAAUAUUCAUCUUACAGUGUUCUGAACUUUUCCCCUCAUAAACUCUCCAUGCUCUGAUAAAUUAAACCCAUUGUUUGACACCUGCUUUCUCAGUUUUUCUGACAUCAUAUUUACUCCACUGAGCAUAGCUUACUUCUUGCUAAUUUGAGAGCUAAACUAGGAACAAUGGUGGUCAUAGUUUCAGUCGCACUGAAAAAUGAGAUGCAGGUGCUUUAUAACUUGUUCAUAAAUAAUCUUGACAUAGGGGAAGCAGUAGCUGGCCAAUUGUGUAGAGGUAGACCCCAAUUUAUGGCCACAAUGGACCAGGAAUUUUGGUUAUAAGGCCUUGCAAUUGUAGGUCAAGGAACCAUGUCACCAAAUUUGACUUUAUGACUAUUUUUACAACAAUUGAAAAGCAAGUCAUUGUGAUCAUUAAGUGAACCACAGGGUUGUUAAAGAAAUCACAUAGUUGUUAAGUGAAUCCAGCGUAACCAAUGGGUAUUUUUUUUUUUUUGCUGGAGACUGAAAAAAAACCCAUCACAAAUUACUCAUAACUGCAGGAUGCUGCAAUCAGUUGUAAAUGAGAAGAUGAGCCAUAAGUAGCUUUUUAAAAGUCCAUUGUAACUUCAAAUGGUGGUUAAGCAUCCAGUCAUAAUUCAAAGACUACAAGUCAAAAAUGAGCUCAAACAGUACAGGUUGGUCUCUAUAUUAAAAAUGAUCAACAAUUUCGAUGUUUUAAAUUCUACUUGGUCUUAUGUAAGAAUUUAGCUGAGGUAAAUUUAGAGGCAAUUUUAGACAAAAUUGAUCUUCCCCAAUUAGAUUCCUUAGAAGAAUAAUUACUAGUCAUUCCUUUGACUACAGAGAAGAUUUAAAACACAAUUUUGAAUACAACUAAUGGUAAUUGGAUGGCUUUCCUGUGGAAUGGUAUAAAACUUGCUCCUCUGCUCUGUUAGCUAUAUAAUAAUAUUUUUGAGAAUAGUAUUUUAUCUUCAUUUAUGAAGCACGUAUCACAGUUUUUCUAGAAUCUACUAAAAAUCAUGUCCUGAAUUAUUGUCCUAUUUCCUUGAUUAUUGUAAAUAUUCAAAAUUUUAACUGCUAUCAGAGUCAAUAGCUUUCAAGUGUUUCCUUCUUCAGACAAGAAUGAUCCAGCUGGUUUGUCAAAACUAAAUAUGAUUCAAAUAAUAUUUGGCUGACAGUGGAUUUAAUUGAUCUCAACCAAGACAGAAAGCUCAAAGCUGCAAUUAUAAUUCUACAAUUUUUGUCUUAAUAUCUUUUUUAGCUUUUUUAAAAAAUUACUUAUUUCUAUCGCACCACUUUUGCUGGUCUGUAACCAUGAUAAAGUUUUUGUUGAUUGGUAAAUUGAAAUGGAAAAAGAUUUUGAUAAAAUAUAUUGAUGGUAAAUGUGUGUUACCUUAAUUUGAAUUUUAGAAGAAUUUAUAAAAUGGAUCCAGAUUCUGUAUUCAAUCCCAAAUUUAAAGUGAGAACUUCAUGUAAUUUUUUAUUAUAUAAUGUCAAGAAUGUUUACUUUCUUCUUUGAUUUUUGCUAUUUGUUUAGAACUCUUAGCUUGCGUUAUUAAACAAAAUAAAAACCUGCUUUGUAUGUUAAA